GCCUCAGUUCUAGCUAAAUCACGGAGCUCACCAUGUCGCAUAGACAUCAGAAGUCAGCGGAGGCUGGUCUGUAUAAAAUCUCUCACUUUCCUCCCUUGAAAGGAGGACAACAGACAACAGAAAGCAAUAAAGCGACCUCACUACCAAAAACGACCUUACCCAUUUAUAUAACUACCAGAACAUAAAACAAACGUCUUCCAACAUGACCGACUGGCUCAACAGUCUCUACCCCGUCUACGGCGACCACGAAAACGAGAAACCCAGCAACACCAUCCCCGUCGUCGACGACAAGAACGGCGACAUCAACGCGGGCUUCGGCGGAAAAUACGUCUGGCUGGUGGCCAACUACAUCCGGGACCCGCAGAACUGCCUUCACAACAUUAAGAUAGUGGUCUCGGACACGGAGAAGCCAGGACAGAUGGACCUAACCAAAGGGGCCGGGGGACAAUACCGCUACCUGGAGACCUCGACCGUGGCCGCGGAGGGCUUCGGGAUCUCGAACCUGAAGCUCCUGCGGAGCACGGAUGAGGUGAGCAGCACCGAUCUUCGAGGGUUGGGAUAUCGCGGGUGGACGGCCGAUAUUAAUGCAGGUCGGGGAGGGGAUUAUCUGUAUCUGGUCUGGAGGAAUGGUUGAGUCCUGGUGGCUUAUAGGAUUGAGGGUAUGGACUGUAGAUACCAAG